AUGGGGACACUUGCUUCUUUUCAUCAACAGCAGGAAGGAGGGAUGGAGGGAAGGGAGUGGAUGGUUGAUAAGAAGGAGGGAAAGAGGAAGAGCAGGUUAACCAAGUGGGUCUGGUUGAAACGAGACCUGUGCCCUGAGGUGCUAACUAGGGCUGUGGCGGUCAAGAAAUUGUCAGGCAUUGAUUGUCAAUCAAAUAACUGUCGGUCUCAUGGUAAUUGACCGUUAAUUAACUAUCCCCCAUAGUACAAAAGUUAUUCUGUGAAAGAAAGAAAUACUCCAAACAUAUUCUGGGACAGUUGUGGGAUGCGAUAGAUCCCAAAUUAAUACAAUCACUCGCAUCAAAAAAACUUUUUUUUAAAGCAAUGAGGCUGAUGCAACAGAUCAGAAUGUUUAACUUAAAAUGUUGAUAAACUAAUACGCUAUUUCUUCACAUUAUAAGCGCACAUGGAAGAAGGCUAUAAGCUCAAAUGUUCCAAAAUGCAAUCAAUUAGCGGGAAAACACUUUUCUCGAAAGUGAAGGCAAAUGCGAUCAUGCAUGUAAUGCUUUAUUUAAAAGGUACAUAUUCAUGGUGAAAAUUAUCUUCCCCAAACUUUAAACUCACGCGCAGCCUCUGUAGCUCAGUUGGUAGAGCAUGGCACUUGCAACGGCAGGGUUGUGGGUUCGAUUCCCACGGGGGACCAGUAUGAAAAAUGUAUGCACUCACUAACUGUAAGUCGCUCUGGAUAAGAGCGUCUGCUAAAUGACUAAAAUGUAAAUGUAUGCCUGUUAGGCUCUACACUGGUUAAAAAGUGGAUUAAUGUGCUUAAUUUUAAUGGCGUUAUUUGGCCACUUUAGUUGUAAUACAAACCUUAUCAAAACAUAUACAGUGGCUUGCGAAAGUAUUCACCCCCCUUGGCAUUUUUCCUAUUUUGUUGCCUUACAACCUGGAAUUAAAAUUGUUUUUUGGGGGGUUUGUAUCAUUUGAUUUACACAACAUGCCUACCACUUUGAAGUUGAAAAAUAUUGUUUAUUGUGAAACAAACAAGAAAUAAGACAAAAAAACAGAAAACUUGAGUGGGCAUAACUAUUCAAUCUAGCCACUGGGAUUUUUGCCCAUUCUUCAAGGCAAAACUGCUCCAGCUCCUUCAAGUUGGAUGGGUUCCGCUGGUGUACAGCAAUCUUUAAGUCAUACCAGAGAUUCUCAAUUGGAUUGAGGUCUGGGCUUUGACUAGGCCAUUCCAAGACAUUUAAAUGUUUCCCCUUAAACCACUCGAGUGUUGCUUUGGCAGUACGCUUAGGGUCAUUGUCCUGCUGGAAGGUGAACCUUCGUCCCAGUCUCAAAUCUCUGGAAGACUGAAACAGGUUUCCCUCAAGAAUUUCCCUGUAUUUAGCGCCAUCCAUCAUUCCUUCAAUUCUGACCAGUUUCCCAGUCCCUGCCGAUGAAAAACAUCCCCACAGCAUGAUGCUUGAUGGUGUUCUCGGGGUGAUGAGAGGUGUUGGGUUUGAGCCAGACAUAGCGUUUUCCUUGAUGGCCAAAAAGCUUAAUUUUAGUCUCAUCUGACCAGAGUACCUUCUUCCAUAUGUUUGGGGAGUCUCCCACAUGCCUAUUGGCAAACACCAAAUGCUGUGGAGCUUUGCAGCUCUUUCAGGGUUAUCUUUGGUCUCUUUGUUGCCUCUCUGAUUAAUGCCCUGCUUGCCUGGUCCGUGAGUUUUGGUGGGCGGCCCUUUCUUGGCAGGUUUGUUGUGGAGCCAUAUUCUUUCAGUUUUUUAAUUAUGGAUUUAAUGGUGCUCCGUGGGAUGUUCAAAGUUUUGGAUAUUUUUUUAUAACCCAACCCUGAUCUGUACUUCUCCACAUCUUUGUCCUUGACCUGUUAGGAGAGCUCCUUGGUCUUCAUGGUGCCACUUGCUUGGUGUUGCCCCUUAUUUAGUGGUUUUGUAGACUCUGGGGCCUUUCAGAACAGGUGUAUAUAUACUGAGAUCAUGUGACACUUAGAUUGCACACAGGUGGACUUUAUUUAACUAAUUAUGUGACUUCUGAAGGUGAUUGGUUGCACCAGAUCUUAUUUAGGGGCUUCAUAGCAAAGGGGUUGAAUACAUCUGCACACACCACUUUUCCGUUAUUAAAUUUUUAGAAUUUUUUAAAACAAGUUAUUAUUUUUUUUUCACUUCACCAAUUUGGACUAUUUUGUGUAUGUCCAUUACAUGAAAUCCAAAUAAAAAUCAAUUUAAAUUACAGGUUGUAAUGCAACAAAUCAAUGUGUCACAGUCACCACCUGAAUAAAAAAGAGAGGCCAUUCUUCAAGGGGCCUUUAGUCUGUCAAGAAUAAUGUUCUUUCCUGAAAUGGCGUGCAAUUGAGGCUGUAAUCGCUGCCAAAGGUGCUUCAACAAAGUACUGAAUAAAGGGUCUGAAUACUUAUGUAAAUGUAAUAUUUCAGUUUUGUAUUUGUAAUACAUUUGCAGAAAUGUCUAAAAACCUGUUUUUGCUUUGUCAUUAUGGGGUAUAAACCAUUUUAGAAUAAGACUGUAACGUAACAAAAUGUGGAAAAAGUCAAGGGGUCUGAAUACCUUCCGAAUGCACUGUACAUUCUCUAACACUGUAAAUACAAAGGGGAUGAAUUUCUCAAAGAUAGCCCAGACCUUUCCAAUAUAACCACUUUUCACACACACGCUUACUUUCCACUCUGGGUCAUUUUUUAAAUCCUGACUUACUCAAACUUUUGCUUAAAUCCACUUUUGACAUAAUUGCAUGAUUUAAGUAGAUGUUCAAGUUACGUUAGCACAUCUUGAGCCCUGAGUGAACUUUUGAAGAGAUAGUUGCAUGAAACAAAAUGCAGCCAGGUCCCACCAGAUCAACUUCAGUAUUAGACGUUUGUCUAGGUCCCCAGGAUGUCGGGAAAUGCAAUUCAAUACUGUUCACUAGGGACAAAGCGAGCGCCUAUUACUAUCUAGUAGGCUUCCUAGGGCAUGGUAGAUGGAGAUAGAGGAAGGGUUUAAACCGUGAGCUAUGGUUCUGAAGCUCAUGGGUUCAAUCCCAAUGCUAGGCACUUGUUUGUAUUUAUUUUCUGUUUUAACCCAAUCCCAAACCUUAACCCUUACCUUAACCAGUCUGAAUUAAUCCCUAAAUGUAAAAGUCAAAUUAGUUAUGUUUUUAUCCCUAUCCCAAACCUUAACCCUUACCUACUUUCACAUCAGCAUUGAUGUUUAUCAAAUGGUGUGGCUGGUACUUGUAACUGGUACUGUUAAGUACCUACUGCUCUGGAAGCUGUCAGAUGACUGAAAUGACAAACUACCAACUGUCAUUUUGGGAUAUAGCUGCUUACCUAUAAUACAUGUGGAGGAGGUGUGUGUUUGUGUAUGUUUUGUGUGUGUAUAAAGGGAUUGAGAGAGAAAAAGAGAGAGAAAAAUAGGGAGAUGGAGGGUAAGGAAAGAGGCGAAUAGGAUGAGGUGAGGAAGAAGGAGGUGAGAUGGCGAGAGACACGCGAGAGGAGAUAAACAAACAGGGUCAUUUAGAUACCUCAGGAGAUCCCUCUCUUUUUAACACUCUCCCUCUUUCUCAAUAUGGCAAUUCAUUGUUUUCAUGGCUGGAGAGAGUGAGGGAAUAGAGGAGGGAGGAGGAGACUCAUGCAGAGAAACAGGUAGGAAUUCCUCAGAUGUCUCCAGGAGUAGAGAAAAGAAACAUGUGGAGACUGGUUUCUUUCAGGCUCAGCGCUUACUGAAAAAGAUGAGCACAACAUGUCCAAAACUAUUACACACUUGAACCUUGACAUUCGUUAAUGGCUGCCAAAGCAUACAGCGGCAAAUGAUGUACGGUGAAAUUGAUUGAAUGUUUGUGUGGAUUAUGUACAUGUGUGGUUAGAAAUAGUCCCAUGAGAGUUUACUUUAACAAUAGCAGCAUAAAAAUGGCAUACCUGUAUUUUUUCACAUUUUGCGAUUAUGAAGGAACAAUUUGUUCUGUAAGAGGAUUAUAGAUACAGUACAUUAUUGCAGUGCACAUGCAGGGUUUAAUUUAAAUUAAAUAUCUAACUAUGAUAAAUUAGAUCUGCUAUUGAUAUACAGUGUGUACGUAUUUUUCAUGCUGAUAAUCACAAACAAUUAUAGUGUGCAGGGUUUUGUGUUCGUCCACUUGAUUAAUAAGUCAUGACCUAAGGCUUGGUUCAAGUGAUCAUCCCGUUCCUUCACAUGUCCACCUUCCUAAUCCUAACAUCCUCCCCUCUGUAUUCCAGGAAGACAACGAGAUCCCCUCCAGCGUGUUCAUCAAGGACUCCCCCAAGACCCCCCAAGCCAGCCAGAUAGAGGACGAUGCCCCUGCGGCGCCUGCCCUGUCCGUCGCCGGGACAGACGCCAACCGGUCCCAGGAGGAGGGUCUCCAUACCAUCAGCCUGUCCUCCUCCGACGAUGAUGCCGGGGGUCUCCACGAGGAAGACGAAGCCCUGGAGGGUGAGGCAACACUGGGCCUGGGAGCGGCCCGGCCCUCCUCUGAGAGAUCCAGAGCAGACCGGCUGAAGCGCUCCAGCCUGAAGAAGGUGGACAGCCUGAAGAAGGCUUUCUCACGCGAGAGCAUUGAGAAGAAGAUGAGCAAGAUCGGCACCAAGAUUGUGCCGCCCGCGAGCCGCGAGAAGAUCAAGAAGAGCUUCACACCCAACCACCCGAAGAGCCCUGCCGCCAAGAGUUCCUCCUUCAAGGUGUCGCCCAUGACCUUCAAUGUGAAGAAGAUGCGUGGUGAAGGGGAGGACCCAACCCAGCCCGGAGGCUCGCCUAGCGGGCAUGCCCACGUGGAGAUCCCUCCCCUGGGAAGCAUGGAUGGGGAUCUGCCUCUGGCCGAGGUGCACUCCAAGGAAGGGCUAGGUGUGGAGGGAGGAGAGGAGCUGGCUAGUCCCUCUAGCACUGGGAGCGUGGAGGUUGAGCUGACCUUCAAUGGAGAAGCGGGGAGCCUUGAGUGUGACCUGACCACUGAUCGUCGGGCGGGGCUCGCUCUCCCGGAGCAUGAUGACGAUAUUGGGGAGGAGGAUGACGAAGAGGAGGAGCAGGAGAGCCCGGUGGAGGUGAAAUCCCCCAUACCUGCUGCUACUGGAAUUACUGUGGAGCAAGCCUCUUAA